GAAAGUAGUUUCGUGGAGUGCUGUGGUUCCUGGCCAAAUUCCUAGGCGGUGGUGAUUGGGAUUUCUGUGUGACUGAAAUUGAAAUAAAAAAAAAUAAACAAAACAAAACAAAACAAAAACCGUAAACAGUCAUGGCUGCCGGAAUCGUGAGAUCGCUUUGGAAGAACAAGAUGCCCCUUCAAGUUGGGCGCAUGUGUUACUCCUCGUCGGUGCCCACAACUAAGCUUUUUAUCGAUGGGAAAUUUGUUGAAUCCAAGAGUUCAGAAUGGCUGGAUAUUCACAACCCUGCCACCAACGAGGUGAUUGCCAGAGUCCCCAAAGCCACUCAGGAGGAGAUGCUGGCCGCUGUAGACUCCUGUUCACAAGCCUAUCACUCCUGGUCUGAGACCUCCAUUUUGGCUCGGCAGCAGAUCUUCUUACGCUAUCAGCAGCUCAUCAAGGAUAACAUUAAAGAACUAGCAAAAUCCAUUACAUUGGAGCAGGGCAAGACCUUGGCAGAUGCAGAGGGAGAUGUAUUCCGAGGAUUGCAGGUGGUGGAGCACACCUGCAGUAUCACGUCCCUCAUGCUGGGCGAGACCCUGCCCUCCAUCACCCGCGACAUGGACACCUACACCUACCGCCUCCCCAUCGGCGUGUGCGCCGGCAUCACCCCCUUCAACUUCCCGGCCAUGAUCCCGCUCUGGAUGUUCCCCAUGGGCAUGGUGUGCGGGAACACCUACCUGCUGAAGCCCUCCGAGCGCGUGCCGGGCUGCGCCAUGCUGCUGGCCAAGCUGCUGCAGGACGCUGGUGCUCCUGACGGCACCCUCAACAUCAUCCAUGGCCAGCACGACGCUGUGAACUUUGUCUGUGACCACCCUGCCAUUAAGGCCAUCAGCUUUGUGGGCUCCAACCAGGCUGGAGAGUACAUCUACGAGAGGGGCUCCAAGAACGGCAAAAGAGUGCAGUCCAACAUGGGAGCGAAGAACCACGGAGUGGUGAUGCCCGACGCCAACAAGGAGAACACGCUGAACCAGCUUGUGGGCGCGGCCUUCGGCGCGGCGGGCCAGCGCUGCAUGGCACUCUCCACCGCCAUCCUGGUGGGCGAGGCUCGCAGCUGGCUGCCCGAGCUGGUGGAGCGCGCCAAGGCGCUGCGCGUCAACGCAGGUGACCAGCCGGGGGCGGACGUGGGGCCGCUCAUCUCCCCGCAGGCCAAGCAGCGCGUGGGCAGCCUCAUCCAGAGCGGCGUGGACGAGGGAGCCAGCCUGCUGCUGGACGGCCGGUCGGUCCACGUCAAGGGCUACGAGAACGGAAACUUUGUGGGACCCACCAUACUCGGCAACGUCACGCCCGAAAUGAAGUGCUACACAGAGGAGAUCUUCGGACCGGUUCUGGUGGUGCUGGAGGCAGACAGCUUAGACCAGGCCAUUGAAAUGGUCAACAAGAACCCCUACGGCAAUGGCACUGCCAUCUUCACUACGAACGGAGCCACAGCGCGCAAAUACACCCAUGAAGUGGAUGUAGGACAGGUUGGAGUGAACGUACCCAUCCCUGUCCCUCUGCCAAUGUUCUCCUUCACUGGCUCUCGGGCUUCCUUCAGGGGGGACACCAACUUCUACGGCAAACAAGGAAUCCAGUUCUACACUCAAAUCAAGACCGUGACCUCUCAAUGGAAGGCAGAAGACGCCACUCUGAAGACCCCUGCUGUCACCAUGCCAACCAUGGGACGCUAAGAAGCCUUGCACAACUAGUUUUUAUCCCACCACCACAAAAAAACAAAUUCUAAAAUGUAGCAAGGAAUUUACUGUAUAUGUACCAUAUCACAAAACCAACUGACCCAUUGUCACAAUUUGCAAGCCUUAAUGGAUAAUACAACGAGGUGGUUUUUUUGCAUACGUUUUUAAACUUUUUGAAUAGGUCCAUCUUGUUAAAAUGCUCUAUGCAGGCUUAUACUGGUGAUGGCAAUGCUGCUGCUGUAAAGGAUGUAUUGUAUCUUGUGUAUGGUAAAGUACUGUAAUGGCACAACAGCAGUAGAUAUGCAAAGAUUUAAGGGAACCCUUAGUUACCCCUAGUGCACAUAUGUCCGGUACAUAAUGCGUUUCAGUUUAAGCCGCCCAUCCAGCAUUCCCCCUCAUUGUUUUAAGUUGCUCAGUGAGGUGGCUCUUAUUGGUGACUGUGUCAUAUACAGUUUGAGAGAUAGUGUGCUUGAGUUCAUGCUUUGUUGUUCCUCUGAUGACACCAGGAUAAGCAUUUAGUGUAAAUUUAAAUAAAGAUUGUAAAGUAAAUCUUUA